CCGCUGAAGAAUGAACCAUAAGAGUAAGAAACGGAUCAAAGAAGCGAAGCGGAGCGCCAGACCCGAGCUGAAGGACUCGAGCGACUGGACCAAACACGAUUACUGCGAGAGCUUCGAUCUGUCACACAGGACCGUCAAGGACAACGUGGAGCGAGUGGACACCCAGCGCCUCAGUCCAGAAGAGUUCAUCCAGCGCUUUGAGAAACCGUAUAAGCCUGUAGUUCUGCUCAACUGCCAGGAGUCGUGGCCUGCGCGGGAAAAGUGGACCUUGGAGCGACUCAAACGCAAAUACCGCAACCAGAAGUUCAAAUGCGGCGAGGACAACGAUGGCUACUCUGUCAAGAUGAAAAUGAAGUACUACGUGGAGUAUUUGGAAUCGACCCGUGACGACAGCCCCCUCUACAUCUUUGACAGCAGUUUCGGCGAGCACGCUAAGCGGCGCAAGCUUCUGGAGGACUACCAGGUGCCCGUUUUCUUCAGGGACGACCUCUUUCAGUUUGCGGGAGAGAAGCGACGCCCACCAUACAGGUGGUUUGUGAUGGGUCCUGCCCGCUCUGGAACAGGCAUCCACAUUGACCCGCUGGGCACGAGCGCGUGGAACGCCCUGGUUCAGGGCCACAAACGCUGGUGCCUGUUCCCCACGCACACGCCCCGUGAGCUCAUCAAGGUGACGCGAGAGGAUGGGGGCAACCAGCAGGACGAGGCCAUCACCUGGUUCAACGUCAUCUACCCCCGCACACAGCAGCCCACCUGGCCAGCCGAAUUCAGACCCCUGGAGGUGCUGCAGCACCCUGGAGAGACCGUGUUUGUGCCCGGUGGAUGGUGGCAUGUUGUCCUGAACUUGGACACGACUAUUGCUGUAACCCAGAAUUUUGCAAGCACCACCAACUUCCCUAUCGUGUGGCACAAAACAGUGCGAGGUCGGCCUAAACUCUCCAGGAAGUGGUACCGGAUUCUGAAACAGGAAAGGCCAGAUAUUGCUGCUCUGGCAGAUAAAGUGGAUCUGCAGGAGUCAACAGGCAUCGCCUCGGACAGCUCCAGUGACUCCUCCUCCUCUUCCUCCUCUAGCUCCUCCGACUCCGGUUCAGAGGCUGACUCGGGCUCUGAGGGUGACGCCAUGACCCAUCGCAGGAAGAAGAGGAGAACCUGUGGCCUGAUGGGAAAUGGCGACAUCACGAGCCAGGACGACUGUGUGAGCAAAGAGCGCAGUUCGUCUCGGUGACGUCUCGCUCCACACCAGAGGGGCUGCAGCUGUAAUCGUCUCCUGGACCCUGAAGCGCAUGUCACCCUCAUAACAAACUCAGCCUUAGUGCGCUUUUUGAGAUAAACAAGAACAAAUCAUCCAAAUAUGUGCUUGAUGGAGGAGCAGCUCUGUGGGGAAAGAAGGAAAACCCUUCUCUUGUUGCCUUUGCUGAUGUCAGACUCUGGACAGGAAGCUUGACGUCCCCUCCUGUCCCAGUGCCAAGGUGUGCGUUAAUGAUGCCGUUUUUAUAUUUCACAGAGGUUAUGCUCAGAUUUGUAAAUCAAACCCCAUCUGAGGUAAUAUGGUUGGACCCGAUGUGUAAUGCUGCCUUUAGCUCUUUGAACCUAGAAAAUAGAUUAUUUUAUUACUGAUUCUGCACUUAAACGUGGGUUUCUCUCUCUCUCGGUUAGCAGAAAACUUGCCCAUAAUACUUAAAACUGUUAAACGGCUGUGAUUUGUGCUCCACUAAAUCAUUAAGUCACACAAUAUUAGAUAAGAGUUGAUUCAAAAUGUCUCUAAAAGACUAAAUGUUUAAUUAGAAGCCCUAUUCCUUUCUUCAGUCGUAUCUAGUGUGAAUUCUCAAGGUGUUCGGUCUGGUUUGACCUGGUUUAGCACUUCACACAGUCCAUUAGCAGUGAGUUCAGUGGUUAAAUUAGUGCAUUUGACUGAAAUACGAGGUGUUUUUCUUUUUAUAAACGUUCUGCGUAAGUGAAACACUAGAUGGCGCUAAUGCUUAUUUAUUAUACAGUGCACUAUGAGCCACACAAAAGAGGGGGGUUUCCUGUGGAAGGGAGAAAAGUGACUAGCCUGUAAUGUCUUAAAGUUUUGAAUUUAUUAUUUUAACAGAAGGUAAUGGCGUAACUCCAAAACUGGUAACCUGUCGUGACCUAAACUUGUUUCAGGGCUACAAUAAUGGACUUUUAUGUUGUGAUGGGUGUGAGGCGUUUAAUGGUCAGAGUGAGUGUUGUUGAAAUGUUUGACAUUUAACCAUUUAUAACUCAUCGAAGAAGAAAGAUGUGGUUAAAAAGUGCCUAUUUUUACCUGAUGUUGGCUGCUUUGAGCUCUCAUAUUUGUCAUUCUCCUAUCUCAUAGCUGCGGUUUUGAAUUGCAAAUAUUACGAUUUAAAACAAUGGACUGUACUCUUACAUGAAGCCUGCCGUUCUUGUCCAGAUCUUGUGUGUUUUCUCUCUAGGGUAUGUUCUCAUUUGAGCUCCUCAUGUUCCAUCUUCAGCUCUGGUUCAGUCAUGUGACACCUUGAUGUUGUCGAGAUCAAAACUAAAUGAAUGAUAAUUGUCUAAUAAAAGUUUCUAUGUA